AAGAUUUUAUAUUUUAAGAGAAAAGGGCUGUGUUUAACUCUGGGUGCUAAGAUGGCUUCGGCUAUUUCACUUGUCUCUUCAUCCAUUCUUCUUUCUUCUUCGUCUUCGCCCUCUGUUUAUCUUCCAAUUUCAAAUUCAGUCAAUUGGGUUUCAUCUUCUUCAUCAUACACAUGUAUUUCCACUUGGGUUUCUCCCAAACGAUGCAGUAGUAGAAACCCACAAAACCUUAUUUGCAGAGCUGCUGAAUACAAAUUCCCUGACCCCAUUCCUGAGUUUGCUGAUGCUGAAACGGAGAAGUUCAGAGAUCAUUUGCUUAAGAAACUUCCAAAGAAGGAUGUCUAUGGAGAUUCUGUUGAAGAAAUUGUUGGAAUCUGCACUGAGAUCCUCAACGAGUUCUUACAUGCUGAGUAUGGUGGUCCAGGAACAUUACUGGUUGUUCCAUUCAUCGAUAUGGCAGAUACCAUAAACGACAGAGGUUUACCAGGAGGACCACAGGCUGCGCGUGCUGCAGUCAAAUGGGCACAAAGUCAUGUUGACAAUGAUUGGAAGGAAUGGAAUAGUGGUAAGAAAAAAUAAUCCAACAACCAAGAUCCAGAAGGAAU